AUGAAUUCCAUCCAGGAACAAUUCAUCCAACACUUCAACACAGUCAAUAUUCAGAAGAACCCGCCCAUACUAGAGAUGGACACGAGACCUUCAGACCAAGAGAGACAACCUACGCAUACUGAACUCCAAGAAAAGUCAAUAGCCCCCGAAAAUGGAGAAACGGCACUGGUGGCAGUCUCACAAGCCGAGUAUGACAACCUCCUUCGAAAAGUUGAUAUCCGCGUUAUUCCCAUUCUGGCGUUGUUGUAUCUUCUAAGUUUUCUGGAUCGAGGGAAUAUCGGAAAUGCAAAUAUCCAGGGAUUAUCGACGACAUUGGGUUUAGUUGGCCAGCAAUAUAAUUGGUGUCUUACUAUCUUCUUUUUUCCAUUUUCGUUCUUUGAGCCGCUUUGCAAUUUGCUGCUCGUUCGUUUGAAGCCUAGUAUUUGGCUUCCUUCUAUUAUGGUUGCUUGGGGGUUAUUCUGGGUUGUUGGCUGCUCGGUUCUUCCUUGGAGUCACCGAGGCCGGGCUUUUCCCUGGUCUGGCGUUUUAUGUUUCCCUUUGGUAGGAGGUCCUAUCGAGACAUGCAUAUUCGUGUUCACAGAGUCUAGGUACCCUCGAAAGAAUUCGCAGUUUAGACUAGCACUUAUCUUCGCAUCUGCUUCUAUGGCUGGUGCAUUUUCCGGUCUAUUGGCCUAUCUCAUCAGUAAAAUGAAUGGUAUUGGUGGAUUAGAAGGUUGGCGAUGGAUUUGUAUCCUGGAAGAAUUGGUGACCGUUAUUGUUGCGGUAUCUUCUUUCUUUCUUGUCUGGGAUGAGCCUGCAAUGGCGACUUUUCUCUCGGAGCAUGAGAAGAGGGUUUUGCUCGAUGCGCUGAACUAUGCGCAGACAGAGACUUCGACGGCGCCUCAGCUGGGGAAUAAGCAUUCUUUUAAAUGGAAGCAUUUAGUGGAUGCGCUCCUCAAUUGGCAGGUAUUUCAAUCCAUCUCCUUCAUACACGAUACUAACAUAAUAUGGAAAACAUGCUCUGUAUAUGCCCUAUCCCUAUUCCUACCCACAAUCAUCAAAGGAUUCGGCUACUCCGCUGCCCUAGCCCAACUCCUAACAAUUCCCGUCUACGCAGCAGCAACAAUAUCCUGCAUUUUAGUCGGCUAUUACUCCGACAGAACUGGCCAACGAAGCUUCUUCACAUUUGCCUGCUACACAGCAGUCUUUGUGGGAUUCCUUAUAGCAGUCGCUCCAGCACGCUUUAUCCCCGGCCUCACUUACGCGGGCUGUUUCAUUGCCGCGUGUGGCAUGUACCCGGCUAUCCCCGGUCUCCUGACCUUGUCCUCGAAUAACUGGGCACCGGAUGCUAAGCGUGCGGUUGGUAUCGCUAUUCAAAUUGGUUUCGGCACUAUGGCUGGUGCUGCUGCUUCAAACUUUUAUCGGAGUGAGGAUGCGCCCAGAUAUCGUUUGGGUCAUGCUUUGGUGCUGGCUUUUGCUGCUUUGGGACUGUUGGCUAUGGUCUUGUAUGAUGUGAUUUGCAGUAGGAUUAAUUCUAACAGGGAUUCUGAGGCUGAUCGGGUGCCUCGGUUUACCGCGGAGGACUUGGUGGAUUUGGGUGAUAAAGCGCCUAGCUUUAGGUAUACUCUUUAG